CUCUCUUAUGUGUGUGUGUUUUAUUUAUCUGUCAUCUUUAGUCUAGAACCCAUUCUCCCCUCCCUCCCACCCACAGCUUUUCACAGUAAAAGUACAUUCCUGGCAUUUGUUUGAUGGUUGUGUGUCAGAUGUCGACUUUGGUGGAUUGUAAAAGUUGGCCACUUUCUAUCGUGAUUUUGAUUUUUUGCCUUAAACGAAAGCAGCUGAGCCAAGUGCUCAUCCUGGGAUACACGGAGAGCAGUUGGCGAUAGAUACUGUCUUCGAGGGUGAAGUAUGGCGAUGUACUGUAUAUCUGUCAAUGCUGCAAAUUACCACAGUUUUUGACCGAAAUCUAUCUCCGUUGUGAUGCUUCGACGUUGUUUUAGAUGCACAGACCCAGGAGCGUUUGUUUUCGGCGUUCCUUGAUUUAGCGCGAACGCUAGCCAAGGCCAUCCGACGUAUGAAAACAUCUGUUAAUAAACAAUUGGCUCUACUCAAAAGAAGACCCAAAACAAAUUCGUCAAGCACUUUUUAAUUUAUGCGGAAGGCCUAAAUUAUCCUAAUGUGUAUGGGAACGGAAUUAUGCAGUCAUUCUCAGGGGGAGUUUCCUGUAUCGCUGCUCAUUUGAAUAUUAUGGAUGCCAACACUGGAGGAUUGUGGGUAGGAGGAGGUGCGCACCUGUAUGUCUUCUGACAUAGUAUCUCAAAUUCUUAAACACACAUACAAACACAAAAUUCGUCUGCCCCCGAAUUUCAUGGCCAGGACCUUGGGGCCGUAUGAUUUAAUUGACUAAUUAUGAAGUUGUACUAGUCCAAUGUAGCACACGGCUAUUUGUUUAUGAACAGUUUUUAAGCCAACCGUCUGUGUCUGUGUUCAGAAUCACAUCCAAAUGGGUUUAGAGGGAGAGCGAGAGAGUGCCUGAGGUGCUUGUGGCAAUGGGAGGUUUUGUAUGUCAGUGUUACACUGCUCUUUUACACACACACACACACACACAGACACACACGCACACACACACACAGAGACGGAUAGAUGUUUCACCACACUAUCCCUUCUCCCCUGCUUCAUGAGCCAGAAUAGAACUACCAAGCACAGAGAGCUGUAGAUGGGGAGAGGGAGGGGAACAAGAGACAGGGAGAGGGAGGGGAACAAGAGACAGGGAGAGGGAGGGGAACAAGAGACAGGGAGAGAGCAAGACCGGCUUUUUAUAGGCGCAGCAGAAAUUCCUUUUUCAGCCUCCAUGGAAUCCUGUGAAAAUGCAGUUGGAGAGUGCUUGCAGUAGAGAAGGAGAGAUAUCUAUUUACUGAGGAGAAUGCAGGAGGCAAAGUGCUGUGGAGGAGGACACGGAGAAGGGGUUUCGCAGUCCAAAAGCUAAAUUAAGCGUGACUGGGAUUGACUCCAUAUUUUAAUCCUCCAUUGGUCCUUUGAACCCUUACACACACACACACACACACACACACACACACACACACACACACACACACACACACACACACACACACACACACACACACUCUACACUGAAAGCCUGUCGCUGCGUGUUGCCUUUCUUGCAUUACACCGCCACUCAUGCAGAAAGGUAGUCUGGGUCAUGGAGGGGGUGCCCAGAUAAGAGGCUUGGAUCUUAAUACCCCAACCCCUCCUCCAAAUAGUCACUACCCUAAUACCACUCCCUAUUUACUGUUGUCGGGGGUGGGGGGGGCAAAGCAAAGCUGCUCACAGCUACUCCUGCACUGAUUGGAUAAGGUGGAAGAGGGUCUGGCGAACGGGUCCCCCUGGUUGGCAAGAGGAGAGCGGGUACACAUUGUGAUUGGGUGACGGGACAGAGGGGUCCUCUCUGUCGCCAGCCUGUGAAGGGGUUCUCCUGUUUGUGUGGGGAUUAUGGCUUCGGCGAUUGGGCACGCUCCCAGGACUCCGCAGCUGUUCGCGAGAGCGAGGAUGGAAGGGGGAGGGGCGUCUCGUCUGAGGGGGUUAGUCAUGCUCAUCUUGUGCGUGCAUGCCGGUGUGUGCGUGUGUCAAGGAGCCUGUACUCUCUCACACACUCCACUCCGGUCUUGCUUUCCUGGCUGUAGCGUGUCAGAGGAGAAGUGAGUGGAAGCAGGUUGAAGUCUCUUUGCGUUGGUCUCAUUCAUUGGUCUCAUGGUCCCAUUCAUCUGGACUCAAUUAGGGUCUUGGAAGGAGAAGAUCGGGAUUUUUGGAAUGGUGACGUUCCGACAUCGGGGAAAACGAUAUAUAUUUUUUGUGUGGUAUCUAGGCUUUCUCUCUGUACUAUGUUAAGCGUCUUUGUUUGUUGUUGUUGUUGUUUUUGUAGCGGAGGGAACUGACACUUUUAGGACCGGCUUCAUAUCUUCCGCAGAUUCUUGCCAUUUGGGGGAUCCUCCACUAUUGUGUCCCAUCCGCCGUGUAGGGAGACCAAAGGGAUUUCCCGCAUCUCGGCUUCUGCUCUAGUCGAGAGAAAGAGCGAGAGGGCGAUUUAAUGGGGAGAGAAGGAUGAAAGAGCGGCCAUCUUUGAGAGCAAUUUUUUUUAUUCAUUUUUUUUUUUUUUACCAAUGGAGCAUUGGAGCACUGGUGAUUUAGGGCUUUCUACUGUUGGGUUGGAGUCGGACGUGUUGGGCUGAUCUGUGUGUGGGAGGACACGCGCGUUCUGUGUUGUGGUGGCUAUACCAGAGAUGGAGGUGAUGUCGUCUUGCUGGAGGGGCCAGGAGGAGCAGGGGGCCAAAGUGAAGGCCGAGAAGAUCCGAGUGGCCCUGGAGAAGAUCAAGGAGGCGCAAGUCAAAAAGCUGGUGAUCCGGGUGCACAUGUCGGACGAGAGCUCCAAGACCAUGAUGGUGGAUGAGAGACAGACUGUCAGACAGGUGCUGGACAGCCUGCUGGACAAGUCCCACUGUGGCUACAGCCCCGACUGGUCACUGGUGGAGACCAUCAACGAGCUGCAAAUGGAGCGGAUCUUUGAGGACCAUGAGAACUUGGUGGAGAACCUACUGAAUUGGACCAGAGACAGCCAUAACAAACUGAUGUUCAUCGAGCGCAUCGAGAAAUAUGCCCUCUUCAAGAACCCCCAGAACUACUUGUUGGGGAGGAAGGAGACUUCUGAAAUGGCCGAUAGGAAUAAAGAGGCCCUACUAGAGGAGUGUUUCUGUGGCAGCUCAGUGUCAGUACCAGAAAUAGAGGGAAUCCUCUGGCUGAAGGAUGAUGGGAAGAAGUCUUGGAAGAAGCGAUACUUCCUGCUGCGCGCAUCAGGAAUCUACUACGUACCGAAAGGCAAAGCUAAGGCCUCCAGGGACCUGGUAUGCUUUCUACAGCUGGACCACGUUAAUGUGUACUACGGCCAGGACUACCGCAGCAAGUACAAGGCCCCCACAGACUACUGCCUGGCCCUUAAGCACCCCCAGAUCCAAAAGAAGUCCCAGUAUAUCAAGUAUCUGUGCUGUGAUGACGUCAGGACCCUCCACCAAUGGUUCAACGGCAUUCGCAUCGCCAAGUACGGGAAACAGCUGUAUGUGAACUACCAGGAGGCCAUGAAGCGCACGGAGGCGGCCCACGACUGGUCCUCCCUCUCCACCUCCAGCAUCCGCUCUGGCUCCAGCUCCGGCUCCGGCUCAGCCAGUCUGCCCGAGUCCCAGUCGAACCACUCGGGCCAGUCAGACAGUGGAGUGGACACAGCCUCCAGCCACGGGCGCUCCCAGAGCGUGGUCAGCUCCAUCUUCUCUGAGGCCUGGAAGAGAGGAACGCAGAUGGAGGAGAACACCAGGAUGAGGGAGUCCACCCGAGGAGCCACCCUCCCCCACCCUGCCCACACGCACCGCCAGACCCCACAACUGGAGCCCCCUGCGUUGGCUGCGCCACAACAGCAGCCACCUCCCCAGACUCGCAGCAGCUACACCCACGCUCUACCCCCCAAGCCACAGGUGGGUACCUCCCCCCCACUUCAACAGCAACUGCCCCCCCAGAUCCGCAGCAGUUACACCCAGGUCUUGCCUACCCUGCCCCAACAGCCCUCCCCUCCACCGCCCCAACAGCCCUCCCCUCCACCGCCCCAACAGCCCUCCCCUCCACCGCCCCAACAGCCCUCCCCUCCACCGCCCCAACAGCCCUCCCCUCCACCGCCCCAACAGCCCUCCCCUCCACCGCCCCAACAGCUACCCCCCCACAUCCGCAGCAGUUACACCCAGGUCUUGCCUACCCUGCACCAACAGCCCUUCCCUCCACCGCCCCAACAGCCCUUCCCUCCACCGCCCCAACAGCUGCCCCCCCAGAUCCGCAGCAGUUACACCCAGGUCUUGCCUUCCUUGCACCCACAGCCCUCCCCUCCACCACCCCAACAGCUGCCCCCCCAGAUCUGCAACAGUUACACACCUGUCUUGCCUUCCCUGCCCUUCCCUCCACCACCCCAACAGCCCUUCCCUCCACCGCCCCAACAGCCCUUCCCUCCACCGCCCCAACAGCCCUUCCCUCCACCGCCCCAACAGCCCUUCCCUCCACCGCCCCAACAGCCCUUCCCUCCACCGCCCCAACAGCCCUUCCCUCCACCGCCCCAACAGCCCUUCCCUCCACCGCCCCAACAGCCCUUCCCUCCACCGCCCCAACAGCCCUUCCCUCCACCGCCCCAACAGCCCUUCCCUCCACCGCCCCAACAGCCCUUCCCUCCACCGCCCCAACAGCCCUUCCCUCCACCGCCCCAACAGCCCUUCCCUCCACCGCCCCAACAGCCCUUCCCUCCACCGCCCCAACAGCCCUUCCCUCCACCGCCCCAACAGCCCUUCCCUCCACCGCCCCAACAGCCCUUCCCUCCACCGCCCCAACAGCCCUUCCCUCCACCGCCCCAACAGCUGUCCCCACAGCCCUACAGCAGCUACAACCAAGCUGUGCCCCCUCCACCCCCGCCACCCCCUCCUCCGCCACCACCCCCUCCCCCGCCACCCCUGCCUGCCAGCAGCACCCCUCACCACUCGGGCCCCACAGUGUUCGCCAAGUACAGCACCAUCACCCGGCUGCAGACCCAGAACGCUGCCCACCAGGCCGCCAAUCACCACAGGGCGCAAAACAACCACCAGAGCCCACCCAGGGCGUCAGCUCAAGCCCCGCCUCCUCCCCAUCAGACGGCUGUCAAACCGCUGGUCAAUAACAUCAACGUCCCGCCUCCCCCGCCGCCCCCUCCCCCGCCUUCCAUGCCUGCUCUGGGGUCGGCCAUGGCCGCACUCCGGCUCGGUUCCCCAAGCCCGGCCUCCCUGCCCCAGUUCAUCCCACCACCGCCGGAGAGCAACGACAUCCCCCCUCCCCCUCCUCCUCCACCGCCCCCAGACCCGAUGCCAGGUCUGUGCCCAUUACCCUACGGCGCCAACGCCCUCCAGCAGGCACUGGCCCAGAAGUUCCCCAACGGUCCCCCCCAGGGCCUCUUUCCCCCUGCUGCCAGACUGGUAGAGUCGCCCCUGGCACCAUCUCCUCCCCCGCCACCCCCCCCUCCUACCCCACCGCCUCCCCAGAAGCUCUCUGUGCCUCCUCCCCCACCACCUCCUCCCCCACCUCCUCCUCCCCCAACUCCUCAGCAGCAGUACUCGCCCGCAGCUGCUCCCCCCCCUGCCCUACCCAAAACCUUCUCCCCAGGCUUUCUGCUCCACCACGGUGCCCGGAAGCCUCUCUACCCUGUUUCCCCUCUCCCCCCCGCCCCACCUGCUGCCCCUACUCCUCCCCCACCCCCGCCCCCUCCUCCUCCGGUGUCAAUGAAGAAGCAGCACAGCCUCCAGGUAGUCCACACUCCCAACCAGCCCCCUCCCACAUUUCCCAAGCAGCACAGCCUCUCCAAGCCGCCACCCAUGUCAUUCAUGGCUCCGCCCACCACUACCUCCCUGGUCAAACAGAUGGCAAGCCAGUUCCCAGGGUCCACACUGUCAACCAAUCAACUUGAGAGCCCCAAAGCCCCCCUUUCCCCUCCUGCGGUGAAGGCCAAACCAAGAUGGCAGCCAGGCUGUGGACAGGCCCAGCAACAGGCCUCUGAGUUCCCUCCACCCGCUUCUGAGAGCAGCCUGUCUUUCCCUUCUCCUCCCCCUCCUCCUCCGCCCCCACCUGUUCCAGUUACCGGCCUUGCCCCUCUUGCUCCACCUCCCCCUCCCAUCACUGGCCCCACCCCUCUGCCUCCCCCUCUGCCCCCCGGCAACAUAUGCUCGCCCCUGAAGAGAUCUCCAUCGGGCUCCUACACACCUUCCUCAGGCUCCUCUGGCUGGGGGGGCAGGAAGCCCCCGCCUGCCACUCCCCAGAAGGCCUCCAGCAUCAAGUCUAACUCCUCGGCUGAAUACCAGGAGUCCCGCAGGAACCUUCUCAGCAAGUUCGCCCCCCAGUCCUCCUCUUCCCCCUCCACCUUCCAAUCCUUCCCUGCCGUGUCCUUGGGUAGUUCUCCCUCUAAGGACCCCUCCCCGGCCGGCCCCCCGGCGCCCCCCAAGCCAGGCAAGUUGAACCUGGCCAACCUGGCCCUUCAGGCCAAAGUGGGUCAAGUGGGCCAGCAGCGCCAGUCCACCGCCGACUUCCCCUCCCUUCCAGCGGAGUGCGCCACUCCCCCACUGGGUUUUGAUCUCUUCCCCCCUCCUCCACUGCCCAGUGACGGCCACGUCGGGGCACCUAAGGUAGCAGUGGUCAACCCCCAGCCAAAAGUACCGCCUGCCCCUCCCGGUCCCCCUCCCCCCGCCACCAUCAACUCCUCCUGGGGCAAGGGCUCCCUGAAGAAGGCCCCUCCCCCCAUGCUGCAGAGGAACCAGCCAUCCCCGCCUCCCAAGCUGCCCCUGCCUACCUCGCCCCCCAAGGGGGACGGUAACAACGGCGCCCCCCAGCCAGGCAACUUCAUGGACGACCUGAACCGGACUCUGAAGCGCAAGUCGGUGAGCCGGCAGGGCUCGCUCUCCUCGUCCCGCCUGUCCGGCCCCAAGCUGGAGCCUGCUGCGGGCACCAUGGACGACAUGGAGUUGGCACUGGCCCCUCCACCGCCCGAGUUGCUGUCAGGGGGGAACAUCUCAGGCUAUGCAACGCUACGGCGGGGGCCCCCACCGGCCCCACCCAAGAGGGGGGGCAACACAAAACUGACACACUGACCAGGGGAGUGGUAGAAAAGGAGACUGUUGGAUGAAUCCUACUUUACCUCUCUUGGGGAGGAGUUUCUAUCUAUCAUAUCUAUCACACAGGACCGUCAGUGGACAUUGACAAACUGGACUCCUCGUGUUCCAUGAUUAUGAUGGUGAAUACUUAACCAUGUAAAUAAGGAAACGCCAAACCAUGUAUCAGCUUCUUCGCCGUAUGUUUGUGCCACGUAGUCAGAAAACCAAUAAUAACGAUGUUAGGAUUCAUUCUGCAUUGGUACUGCAUGGACAUGCUGUAAAACAUGACGCUCUGUGUGUGUGUGUGUGUGUGCGUACCCGUGUGUUUUCACAUGCAUCCAUGUGUGUGAGAGCGAGAGAUAAAGGGGAAAUGGGAGGACAGCCCAUAAAGGAAGGCCUCUGUAAUAGGGAUUAUUAUUUUGCCUCUGGUUUUAUAUGAAGUUAUUUAAUACGUGAAAGGAUUUUCUUUAUAGUUACGUUUUUAAAAGCUGCAAGUAUGUUGGAGAGAGGCGGAUAAGAUCGAAAAACUUGAAUCAAUGAGAUAAGAAUUCUCAGAGAGUUUUGACAUUUCCUAAGUAUUCCCUGAAUGUUUUGCAAGUGUCUCACGCAAAUCGGAAGGACGCCUUUUUUCACAGACGAUUGCACUCUCUCGAAGGAAUCUCCAAAUGGGGGAAAAAAAGGAGAUUCUCUCCUCCCAAAGGCACGAAACCAUGACUGUGCAACUGGAAACAUUUGUGACUGGGAAUCAUUUUUUUGUAAAUUUUUUAUUUAAUGCAUACAAUUUUUUUUGCUUAACUGAAGACUGGAACGGCACGUCGUGUGUAUGUCUUUCGAAUGCCCUGUGGGUUGUGUGCUGUGUUUGUUUGACCUUUGACCUGACCGGCAUCUGAGUCGGGUUCAUUAGGCACCAAGCAGAAGAAAUGGACUGUGAAACAGGGAGGGACUCACUGGAUUUGUCCAAUUAGAAACACACAUUUUAGAUUUUCGUUGGGGACAUGCUUUAAAACGUUUGGUGCCUAAUGAACAUCUGCUUCUGUUUAUCUGUACAGUAACAGCUUCUGCUCCCCUCCCAUCGGCCCCUGCCGCCUUUAGAUUGUCACAUGACAUGGCCUAAAAUCAUAGAAAUAGAAUGUACAGAGUGGGGGCAGCUUUUCUCCAGGUGCCGUUUACCAUAUACUCAGUUAUUCUCAACAUGGUGGCUAAAAUUGAAGCGACACGUUGUUGCUUUAAGGUACUGAUCAUUGAAUUAUGUUGUCAGUAGCAUUAGACUAGACCCGACUGGCUAAAUUAAUUCACAAAUUCCCGUCUGGCUCGCAUUAAAAUUGAAUGUUGCUUUCUAUAUCCUGUUUUUAUGGCCUAAACAUCCCAGUGUGGUGCAGUUUCCUGCUUCUCCUGCCGAAGUGCAGUGCAGAGAGGAGGGGGAGGGGGGGGGGGGUUCUCGCAGCAAUGCCUUCAUUUCAAGGGUGCUAGUACUUAUUGUCCUAAUAAGCCUGGAUAUCAAGGUGCUGACAUCUUAAAAGUUGAAUCUAGGGUUUGUCCCCAAUCCUCCACUCUUCUCCGGAAGUGUGACCAUCCUGGAUUGGAUUGGAUUGAUAGAAGCAUUAGCUUCGGUUUCCACCAUUUUCAGCAAUCGAUACAGUAUAGCCACCAUAACCAAAUAAAGCUGAAUGUCCGUACUGAACUCAAGUGGACCAUGAAUGUUGAGGGACCACUGCUAGACGCAUAAAACAUGCUGUCAUAUUAAUCUUGCUUAUAUCUACAUUGCUUCUGCUCCGUAUUGGUGAAGUUGGCUCGAGAUGCUGAUCUUGGGUCAGUUGCACAUUUUUGGAGGUUGGGGUCGUGGAAGCUGAUCCUAGAUCUGUACUAAGGGGAAACUUCACCCCAGAGCCUGUGCAUUUUCAUGAUUGAAUAUCAUCCUUUUCAGGUUGUUGGUUAACAGUAUGUCAAACUGAAGUAGGCAUUAAAUUAUUGAAGUGUUGUGUAUCUGAUUUUGGGGGCCAUAUGAAACUAAAUGAAUAAAAUGGGGGG